GAUCAAGCGGCGCUUACGAGCACGAUCGAGGCUUCUUUAUGCGCGUCUGUUUCCUCGACUUGAACAUCGACCGCAUACAUCCAUUACACUCUCAUUCUGCUCUCAAUCCUCUUUCUUUCCUUGUUUGACUUGUGUAGUAUUCUUUCAGACGAAAAUAUCCUCAACAUUUCAUCAUGUCGAAACCUGACCUGUUCCCUAAGGCCAGUGCGGCGGGUAUCACUCUAGACCCUAGGACACUCGAACGCGUCAUACCAGAAUCUCGCAGACCAGACGGCACAGUCCGUAAACAGCUAAAGAUUAGACCCGGUUUCACACCACAAGAAGAUGUUCGCCGUUUCCGAGGAACCAAGCAGGCCCAGAUGGAUGCAACAGUGCUCCCGAAAGGGCACAUCAUAGGCUGGGUCCCUCCAACCGCUUCCUCUACUUCGUCUUCAGCUGCCAAGUCGAAAUCUGCGAAGAAGAACGAGAAGCGAAAAGAGAAGCGGAAGGAGAAGGUGUCUGAAGAGGUGGCGGCAAAGAUCAAAGAUAGCUGGGAAGAUGAGGAUGAGGAAGAUACGGGCAAGGUGACUGAAUUGAAGGAGGCGGAAAGUAAGGGUGUACACACGGCCGAACAACCAAACUGGGCUGCUGCUCCAGGACCGAAGGAGAAGAAGGGACCAAAGGAAGAGGAUGAGGGAGCUGCACUUGCGGAGAAGUUGGAGAAGCUUGACGUUCGGUGAUGCACUUAUGGUUUUUCUCAUCUCUUGAAUCGGAGGAGGUAUAGAAGGGUGUAUUGAUAUAAUUACGUUUGAUUUGUACCGGUAGGGAUACUAUGCAGUGAAUGACUUGAAUGAUCUAUGUGUAAAGGAAAGUGAAUGCUAUGUGAUAC